AUGACGGAUAUGCGAACACAAGAAGAAAGUGGACAAUUCCAAAACUUUUGUAGAAUGGCGCCGGAGGAUUUUGAUCAUUUACUAUCUCUGACCAUCGAAAAAAUUCGAAAAUCAAGUACGAAUUUUAGAGACUCGAUUCCUGCAUAUGACAAACUAGCAGUGACUUUGCGAUUUUUGGCAACUGGAGAUUCCUAUGGAAGCCUGAUGUAUUUUACUAAAAUGUCUAAAUCGACAACAUGUAAUGCUAUAUCUGAAGUAUGUGCUGCAAUAAAUGAAGCAUUGCAAGACUUUGCUAAGGUAAGUAAAGUUAUUACUUUUAUACAUACCUACACACCUAUUAUCAUGACCGUAAUUAUUAGUGAAAGUAAGUAA